UUUCCUUCUUCGCCAUCUUUUCACCGGACAGUUCUUCUUAGGCGUUCGUUGCACGAUUACCCUCCGUUUAUAUAUAUACAGGAAUCGGCGAAAGACAGUUACGAAAAUGACAGAAGAAAGUCCAUACUACUCUCCAUUUUUUGGCGUCAUGGGAGCUGCGGCUGCGAUGUCUUUCAGCGCUCUAGGGGCAGCCUAUGGUACAGCGAAGUCUGGCACUGGCAUCGCGGCGAUGUCGGUGAUGCGACCUGAGUUGGUGAUGAAGUCGAUCAUCCCUGUAGUCAUGGCGGGUAUCAUUGCCAUCUAUGGCCUCGUCGUCGGAGCCUUGAUAGCUAACGGCAUCAAGGCUGGAGGGGAAGGCGGCUACACACUAUUCAAGGGAUUCGCAGACUUUGGUGCGGGACUUAGCGUAGGAUUGAGCGGUUUGGCGGCUGGGUUUGCCAUCGGCAUCGUGGGAGAUGCUGGCGUGAGGGGGACGGCACAGCAGCCUCGACUCUUCGUUGGCAUGAUCCUCAUCCUAAUCUUCGCCGAAGUACUCGGCUUGUACGGACUCAUCGUCUCUCUUAUCCUAAUCACGAAAUAGACAAGGUGCGACAGCCAUUACUACAGGGACACUUUGCUUAAGCUUUUUCUUAUGUUAACCAAUUGUUGGCGGGAGGGGAGGGGGGCAGGUAUUGUACCUGUGGGCUGGCUACAGGCAACAUUGAUAUCACCUGAUGGGAAGGUUAGCAACGUCGACUGUGACUACGAAUCAUGUUAAACAUAUUGUUCUUCAGCCUUCAGGCUGAAACGCAGGAUCCUUCCAGUAUCAUCCUCAUGAUCAAACUAAUAGUAAGAACGAAGUGGGUGCAUCGUUUGCCGCGUGGGUUGACCGUAAUUGUUUAUAGUGUAAGCCCGUUGUUAUAUUUUGUUGAAACAUCUGUUAUAGGAGUCAUGCAUGUAAAGCUAAUCAGUUAUUAAUUUUAUUGAGAUCCCUGUAGUACAUGUGAUGCAACUGUGGUGUGUUUGGGAAGACAAUUAGGGUUAAUGAAUAACAAGUACGAUAACAUGAAAUUCGGACGAGUAAAGUAGUGUACAUGUGUUACUGUGCGAUGAGGCAUGAGGUCAGUCAUUAUUUUGCUAUCUAUUGUUUGUCAUGAGUGUUGCUAUCUUGGUUAUGCAACAUCUCUCGACUUUCGAGUAGUAAGUGAGAUAUGUCGUAGCAGAGGUAAUAAUUAUUUCUCUCUAUCACAAUGGAUGUAUAAAUUUUCGGUUUCAGUUUGUCAAAGGUAGUGUCGGUAACAUUGUGGCAGUGUCACGCAAGGCGUAUAUGUUAUAUGUGUGUAUGUGUGUAUACGUGAAUUCAGCGAUACCAGUGGUUGGAACAAUGGUUGAACAUUCACGCUCAUUCCACUAAAGACUAAGUAAUACAGCGCCACACUGACAACCAUUUGUUGAGGGUACUAGUACUUCUAGGAAUGCCCCUAAAGCAGCUAUCAGUCAGGCUAAUAAAUCAUCAUCAUUAGUUUGUGUCUGCAAAAAUUGGAAACUAUAGAGGCUUGGUCAUUCUCUUGAAAUUUAUCUAUUGUGUAGAAUCUGUAUGUAAUAUAAUAAUAAAAAUGUGGAUUUAACUAUUAGAUCAUGUUGUUGAAAUAUUCGCAUGGACUGUGCACAUGUAAUUUGUGAGUAUGACAUAUGUACAUGUAUAAUAUAUCGAUAUAUAUAUCUAUAACACUUUGAAGGUUGGCUGGGGUAACAUUACUCAUUACCAAUGCACUACCCUUACCCAAGUUUGUGAGGGAAAAUCGUUAGUCUUGUCAGUGAAUAUGAAGCCUGUCUGGUUGGUAGAGUGGAAUAUUAACAUAAUUCGGGUACAAAGCAUUUUCGUGAGUCGGGGCUGGUACAAUUUAAGGUGGAGAUUUGUACAUACUAUCGCCACUGCGAGGUUGAGAGUUUUUCUCCCGGCUGACAACCUCGUCCAUUACUGGAAAUGCUUUGUGCCAACGCUGUGGCCUCUAGGUAACUUUCUGUGCUUCAAUACUCGUGUUUCAAACAUUCCGUCGAUGUAGAAAAUUACCAGUGCAGCCAUCGUGGUGCAAUAAUGAGAUGGCGCCACUGGUUCGUAGAGAGCGAGUGCUCACUUCCAACCUGGUCACACCGUUGUGCAGCUUUCUAAUUGGUAAGUGCACGUGUGUGACCAGGAGGUAUCUGCGGCUCCUUCACUGCGAGUCACUCAGGUGGCGUGAUCGAUGCUUGCGCUGCUGCUUAUCCCACCGUGUCCUGGUGUUGCUCGGACGUGCACGUGAGAUUUCGGUGUGUGCCAUCUUGUUUUCUUGUCUGUAAUCGUUGCUUGAAGGCAGUUGUUGAGUGUGAGCAUCUAGUUAAGUCCCAACCACAGAAAUAAUAUAGAUAAUAUGUAUCUAUAUUAUUUCUAUGGUCUCAACACACCAUCGCCUGCCAGCGCGUUUCCCAGCCGUGGCCUUGAUGUUACUGUAACAACCGCCGGCGUCAUGCAUAGCUCGUGCCAGCUGCGUGUGUGGCAACGCUGGCAGCAGCUAGUGGCGCCGAGCGGGAAACGCGGAGAUGAUAAACUAGCUUCACGUGAUGCCCAGAGACUAGUUUUAACUUGACAGCAAAACACGAGGAGACCUGAGAUGGUGUUUUUCAUUUGUGGCGUCAAUCCGUGUCGAUUGCAACAACGGCCGAUUUAAAUGGGUUACGCUGGCGGUGAUGUCACCAUCAAUUUGCAGUACUGCAGGCGCAUUAUUACACUGGUGGCGACGUCACCACCAGGUUGCAGCAUUGCAUCCGUAUUGUUACACCUAAAUACUGCAGUAUCGAGUUAUUUGACCAAUCGAAUACAAUGUGACUGCAUGCAUGGCUGUGUUGCAUGUAACACCGUUAUCUGGCCUCUGGCCCUAAUACAGCUCAGCAAUCAAACAUGGUCAUGCACAAAUUGUUAAUAGUGGAACCCUUGUAUUGUAUCAUGGGACAAUUUCGCAAUAAAGGCCUCGUUUUGUCUGUUAAUGAAA